AUGUACCGGCGAAGGGCUCCGACUAAUUCAUCUUCGUCUUCUUCGGCUUCAAGCCUAAAUGCUCCGUUUAAACCCGUCAUUUCUAGACCCCCAAGUAGCUCCUCAGCAACAACCAACAACAAUGAACCUCUUAAGACCUUGGGUUCGUGUGCACCACCACAGCAAAGCAGCCUUAAGAGAAAUACCCCGGAAAACGUAGAUACCAAGUCUGAAAUAAACCCAUCACCAGCAAUAACCCGUGCACCAGGACUUCCUAUAAAACGUAUUAAAUCAGAGACUACCCUGCCUGGAUCUUCUCCCGCACACAGACCUGUAUCAAGCCGAGUAUCCAUCCCAAUCACUAAACCUGCAUCUUCAGCUCAACUUUCAACAUCAACCUUAACUGCAUCAUCAGAUGAGUCAACAAACCAAUACUUUGAGGUUGUCUGGCGUAAAGUCACAGCAAAGAAAAAUAAAACUUGGGACGGAGAUGGACUCUUAACCCUGGCUGCAGACGGCGCCGUGACACUCGAAGGAAGCAAUGGCCGUGUGCUUGCACGCUCACGGGUUCAAGGCAAGCUCUGUGUGGACCAUUUUCUCAAGGUUGGCCAUCUGGAAGUCGAAAUUUCAGCCGUUGUAAGCCCACAAAACAAAGAUACCCUGUUUCUUGCUAAAACAGUGCUCCCCUUAGUCAAAACAAAAGUCGCUCCAAACACAUUCCACUCGCCCCUCGCAAACAAUACCACUCACCAGUCUUCUCUCACCCGCUCGGGAAUCGUCCCAAGAGCAAACCAGGGUAAUGUCCACGGUAUGCGGCACGACCCUAACGAUCCUAACGCCCACGUCUUGCCGCGACCAACAGCCGCACCGCCCCCAGGGAAAUCCGUCAUUGACGUGGUCAUCGAUCCUCUACUCGGAAAAUACCUACGACCGCACCAGGUCACCGGUGUUCAGUUUCUUUACGAGUGUGUUAUGGGGUAUCGUAAUUUCCAGGGCCGCGGCGCGUUGCUUGCUGAUGAAAUGGGGCUGGGCAAAACUCUCAUGACAAUCACUCUCAUCUGGACACUUCUCAAACAAACUCCCAUCGAGGGAAAUCUGCCCACUAUUCAACGUGCCCUUAUUGUAUGUCCUGUCACUCUCAUCAACAACUGGAAAAAGGAAUUCCGUAAGUGGCUCGGACCCAUGCGCAUCGGUGUGUUUGUUGUCGACAGCAAAGCAAACAUCCGUACUUUUGUAGGCAGCAGAGUUUAUCAGGUCGUCAUCGUUGGCUACGAACGACUCCGCAGUAUUUCGCCCUAUCUCAAAAAGGCAUCCAUAGACUUGAUUGUAUGUGAUGAGGGCCACCGCUUAAAGUCGGCAAACAACAAGUCUGCCCAAGCCAUUUUAAGUCUUCCAUCCCAACGCCGCAUCAUUCUCUCAGGAACCCCGAUCCAAAACGAUCUAGGUGAGUUCUUUACUAUGGUUGAUUUUCUAAAUCCAGGAAUUCUUGGCACCUACGCUACGUUCAAAAAGGAAUUCGAGCUCCCCAUUCUUAAGUCUCGCCAACCGGAGGCUCUCUCAAAAGAUAUUGAAAAGGGUCGAGUCCGGUCGGAAGAAUUGUCCAAGCUUACGCGUCUUUUCACUCUUCGAAGAACUGCAGACACUCUCGACAAAUAUCUCCCCCCUAAAACUGAUGCCGUUAUAUUCUGCAGACCUACAACGCGUCAAGCAGAGCUCUACAAAAUGCUUGUUGAAUCAAGUUCCAUUAAAAAGUGUUUGGGCUCAAAUGUUGCUGUAGAUCAUUUACGUGCAAUCACAAUGCUCAAGAAGUUGUGCAACUCUCCAGCGCUUCUCAAAGAUUCAGACUUUGGCGCUCUCAAUCUCCCACCCACUCUGCCCUUUAGUAGUGGCAAGCUCCAGUUCUUGCUCCAGUUUCUGCGCAUUUUGUAUCAAACUACAGAAGAAAAAGUCGUCAUUGUGUCAGGGUAUACUCAAACUCUGGACGUAAUUGAGGAUGCCCUUAACGAAGAACACUUUACGCAGCUACGGCUAGAUGGCAGCACAUCAACCAACAAGCGCCAACCACUGGUUGACAAGUUUAACGCAGCAAACAAUAAAGAUGCUUUUGUUUUCCUUUUAUCGUCCAAAUCAGGAGGCACGGGACUUAACUUGGUAGGUGCGUCUCGGCUUUUCCUUUUCGACACAGACUGGAAUCCUUCAGUUGAUUUGCAGGCCAUGGCACGCGUACACCGUGACGGCCAGAAACGACCAGUGUAUGUGUAUCGUCUGUUGACAACGGGUGCCAUGGACGAGAAGAUUUUCCAGCGACAGAUUACCAAGCAAAGUUUGGCUGAGAGCUUUAUGGACGGACGGCAUGAAAAUGAAGAGAUUGAUAAAACGAAAAAGAAUGGACCCAAAACUCUGAGAAAGUCAUCGGCUGGAGUCACGAUGGGUACAUCCAGCACUAAUUCAUUUUCUUUGGCAGAAUUGCAAGAUUUGUUUACGUUCCAUGAGCACACAAAAUGUCAUACGCACGAUUUGUUAGGGUGCUCGUGCCAGAGCAAACUUCCCAAGGGAGAUGGAACAGGGAACCCUCUUGCAACACGGAACAUGACUUAUGACGAGCAAAUGGAGCUGAGCCAGCAUGCCAAAGAAGCUGCAGAGGAUUCAGAUAGUAGCGCGUGUUUCCUUGGUGGGGAGAAAGAAGAGGAUGACGAUACAGAUGAUGAGCAAGAAAACAAGGACCGCCCAAGUAAAAGGUUUGGCGGAUGGACAACGGCUCGUGAUGUGGUCGAAGGCACAGCACCUGUGCCCGAGGUAGUGCGGGAGCGGGCUAAAGGCAAGAUGAAGGGAUUAUUUGAGUACCGGCACAUUGAUGUGGAUGCAUUUCUUGCACAGCGACAGACUCGGUUGGAAUCCAGUGGGAGUAGUAGUAUUGGGAGUUCUUCUGGAAGUUCUAAGAGUGUUGAGGAGAAUGAGAGAGAUAAAGAAGAAAAAGAAGAGGAGGGGGAGGAAGAGGUUGCGGAAGAUGAUGAAAACAUUGAUGAUGAGAUUUAUAUUGGGGACGCGAUACUUGCUCAAGUCAUAACGGCAGAGAAAAGAGGCCGGAUGGCUGUGAGUUACAUUUUCACGAAAAACUCAAAGAAUAUAGAAACCUAA